AGGUGUCUGGUUACAAACCUUUUAUGGGCCCUCCUCAGCUGGGAUAUCAGCAUCUGCAUUAUAGCUCCCAUCUAUUCUUAGGUGCUAUCAGAGCACGACUGAGCAGUGCCCUGUUGCUGCCUGUGGAAGUGGUACAACAUGGCUUACAGUGUGACUCUGAAUGGACCUGGACCCUGGGGCUUCCGACUGCAAGGAGGCAAGGACUUCAACAUGCCCUUGACCAUCUCCAGAAUCACCCCUGGCAGCAAGGCAGCACAGUCACAGAUGAACCCAGGGGACCUUGUCGUGGCCAUUGAUGGAGUCAACACUGACAGCAUGACCCACCUGGAGGCCCAGAACAAGAUCAAAUCAGCCAGCCACAACCUGAGCCUCACUCUGCAGAAAUCUAAACGUCCAGUGCCAGUUUCAACCACAGCUCCCAGAAUUGACUCUCCCAGGGCUGUAAUUCCCCAUCAGAAGGAACCUGCUUGGGAAAUCAAUGGCAACAGAACAACCUUCAGCCCUCUAACUAACACGGCGACUGGGCCUGUGGGUAGUGUUUUAGCAACCAAUGGAACCUUUUCAGGCUACCUCAACCAGCAAGAGAUCAGCCUUUCAAAUAGCUCUUCCUACCAAAAGACUACCACAGUUAGAUCUUCCAUGUCCUCUCAGUCUGUGACUCCUGACAUUUCACCUGCCAAGAGCUCGUUAGGUUCCAAAGCAAGCCCUGCUUUGGCUGGUGGCAGUAGCCCCGCUCACCAGCUGAGCCCUGCAAGGCAGUAUAACAACCCCAUUGGCCUUUACUCGGCAGAGACCCUGAGGGAAAUGGCUGAGAUGCAUAAAUUGAGUCUCAACCGAAGGGCUUCGGAAGGUGGACUUCCUAGAGGUGCCCUCCCUAUAAAGGAUCCUCACGUAGACAGUGCCUCUCCAGUGUAUCAGGCUGUGCUUAAAACCCAGAACAAGCCUGAGGAUGACAGUGAGGACUGGAGCCGUCGCUCUGCCAACCUGCAGUCCAAGUCCUUCCGCAUCCUUGCCCAGAUGACUGGAACUGAGUACAUGCAAGAUCCAGACGAAGAAGCUCUGAGGAGGUCAAGAGACAAGGAAAACCUUGCAGCAGCAUCAGAAAACAGGCCUACAGGUACCGCGCAUGCACCCCAGUAUGUGACCUCGAGUAUUUGGCACCCUCCUAAGUCAUCCACCAGGGAUGCCAACCCUGCCAAUGCUCAGCCAGUGGCCUCCAAGGGCUCUGUGAGGCUUGGAGCAGGUACAAGCCAGGGCGAGGCCGGUGUUGGCCAGAAAGCCCCUCUUGCUUCAUCCGGUAACCAAAGUACCCCUGUUGAGCAUGCCCCGGUGGCUCCCAGUUCUGCUGCUCCUGCACCACAUGCUUCAGCACCUCAGCCUGCUCCUGCUGCUCCAAGCACAGCCAGCCUGAUGGUAGCACCAGCCACCACCUCAGUAGUGCAAGAGGCUUUCUCAUCCUCCUUCCAAAGAAACACUACCCAGUCGUAUACAGCAAUGCCAAUUUCUGGAGGCUACAGUGAAAGUCCUGCUCCUUCUGCUGCUUCAAAAACGAGAGUUGUUACUACUGCCAGCAUAAAGCCCUCUGUCUACCAGCCAGCGCCAGCACCAGUUCAUUCCUACACCCCUGCCAACACGGAGCCUGCGAGUCGCCCCCCCUGGGUAACAGACGACUCCUUUUCCCAGAAAUUUGCACCUGGAAAAUCCACCACCACCGUCACAAAGCACAUCCUUCCAAGGGGUGCUCCGGUGCUGUCUCCUACCACAAUUCCUGCUUACCCGUCUCCAGUUUCACCUCCUUCCCAGCCCCCUGCCUUAGCCCGGGGAACAGUGCAGAGGGCGGAGCGUUUUCCAGCCAGCAGCCGAACCCCUCUGUGCGGGCACUGCAACAGCAUCAUUCGAGGCCCUUUCCUGGUAGCCAUGGGUCGCUCUUGGCACCCAGAAGAAUUCAAUUGUGCUUACUGCAAGACAUCCUUGGCUGACAUGUGCUUUGUGGAGGAGCAGAACAGUGUGUACUGUGAGCGCUGCUAUGAACAGUUCUUUGCACCAACCUGUGCCCGAUGCCACACUAAGAUUAUGGGGGAAGUGAUGCAUGCCCUAAGACAGACUUGGCACACAAGUUGCUUUGUCUGUGCUGCUUGUAAGAAGCCAUUUGGGAAUAGCCUGUUCCACAUGGAGGAUGGGGAGCCCUACUGUGAGAAAGAUUAUAUUGCUUUGUUCAGCACAAAAUGUCAUGGCUGUGAUUAUCCUGUUGAAGCUGGAGAUAAAUUCAUUGAAGCUCUUGGACACACUUGGCAUGACACCUGCUUCAUUUGUGCUGUGUGCCAUGUGAAUUUGGAAGGUCAGCCAUUCUACUCCAAGAAGGACAAGCCCCUGUGCAAGAAGCAUGCCCAUGCCAUCAAUGUUUAGAAGAAGAGUUAUAGUCAGUAAUGCUGGGGUAAAACAGAUGACUAACUGGGCAAUCAUAAAGUUGAUAACCAUGGCUAGCACUUCUCUUGGUAAAAGCUAGACAUUGGUACUUCUCAAGUUUAACUUUAUCCUCUUUCAUAAAUGCAGAACGUGCUUUUUGUGAAGUUCAUACCAAAAACUAUGCACAGUCAAAACCAUGAACUAGUCCAUUAUUAUAGCAACAGUUGGGGGAAAUAUUGAAAUUAACUAAAAACAUUAUUAUAAAAAGUAAUGUGCAAAUACAGUUUCAAGUUAACUACCCACAGCAGUUUUACUGCUUAGACCACACACUGGUGUUUAAAAACAACUGGAAAAAUACUUCUGUAUUAAGUCAUUUUCUUUCACAGCAAGAAUGAGUAAGUGCCAUAUGUACAGUCAUCUGUAGAACCAAAGGCUGUAGCUUUCAAAGGGAAAUAAAUAGAUUAGGGCUUCCUCUAGGAAAAGUGAGUGCUGUUCCACUAUCUUGUGGUGCUGCCUCAUAUCAUCAGAUAUUUUAGAUUCUUUCCAAAUAACAAGUCUGCCUUGAAUCCAUAUGUAGCUGGGAAGCCUAGGUGACAAUCCAUAACAGUUUGAAAAUAAAAUGGUUGGGUCAGCCUUGCUAGUGCACUUGGCUUCUAGAUGCACAGUAGAUAAUUCACUUUCAAAUGGUAAUGGAAAAGGACAACUGGCUUUCUCCAAAUUGCUCUUACAUUGAAUGGAAUACAGCUGACUGGAAAGGCCAGCUUUUAAUUCAAAACCAGUUUUCCUUUCCUCCUGUGGAAAAAAAAAGAGAUUCAAUCUUGCUUUGGUUUCUAAUUCCCACUGAUACCAGAGGGAGGUAGGAACCUACAUCUGGACCUUCACAAUAGUAAACACAAAAGAAACACAUCCAUCUAGCACAGCUAAGUUGUGGGAGAUAGCUUGCAAAAAUUCCCUCCUCUAUCCCACAUAAAUAGGAAAAAGGCUUUUUUUUCCUAUAGUAAAUGAAUGUGUAUCAAAAAUCCAUAAGGCAGCAGGCACAUACUCCUUAUUCCUUUCCUUACCUUAAAUGCAGCACAUCAUGAAUUGUAGCAAUAUUUGCCAUUGGAAAACAGUAGCUAUGUUCCAACAAUUAGGAUUACCAUACAGUCAUCUUUUCUAAAAACCAUACAGUCAUCUAUCCUAAUAGCUUGAGAACAACUUUCAAGUUGUUCAGACAGUUAUUUAUAAAACUCUUUUUUCAAAUAAGCAAUACUUAUAGUACUGAUAAUACUUUUGAAUUUUUGAAUAUCAGUGACUUUUAUAUGGGAGACAGCAGUUCUGUCUGAUGGAGUUAAGAUGGAAAGUCUGAUCACCAUUCAAGCUUUAUUAACUCAUUUAAGUGAGAAUUAUGAUGUGUGUGUUGACAGCUUGCAGUACUGACAGUUUUGAAUUAGUACUUCUGAGGCUGAGGAUGCUUUCUGUGGGCCACAUGCUGGUGCCAUCUGCACCUAUUUUACCUUGUGUUCUGAGUAGCAAAAAAUUACAUAAUAUUGUCUGUCUUGUCCCUCCCAUGGGUUAUGACCAUUUCAUUUGUGUGUCUUUUAAGGGAUGAAAAACUAUCUAAAGCUUGGGGAGGAAUAAAUGAAAUUUGGAGCUCUAAAAUAAGUGUUAAGUUAGCUGCAGGCAGUCUGCAUCUUGGACAAAAAUAACAACCUGAACUGCCUGUGGCAGUUUUGACAUGUAUGACCUGUAUUUAUUCAGUAGGUAUCUUAGUUUUCACUGAUCUUAGCAGUGAUCUGAUCUGAGUUGCUACAGGGUCAGAUUUUUGUAUGCAUGAAUUAUUCUAGAACAUUAGUACGUUAUAUGCAAAGCCUUUUUCUUGUUUGUUUGUUUGUUUGUUUUGGGGUUUUUCUGUCAGCAAGCAAAUUUUCUGUUUUCAGUUGGUGCUGGGCUGGUGUGAAUAUGGUCCCAUAGAUUACAAAAUCCAAAGAUCUGGCUCAUAAUAUUCUCCAGAGGAAUAAAUCAUAAUUAUGGAAGUUAAAUAAUUUUUUCCACUUCUAUUUGACUUCAUUAAAUACAUAUUCACAACAGUGAGAAAAUUCUACAUUUCCUUUUCAUUUUUCAGUGCCAUUCAACAAAAUGCUUUUUAUUGUUAUCUCUUAUUUGAGAGAAUUCACAUCAGCAUACUCUAUACUGAGACUGCAUUGAAAUGAUUCUUUAGGCAGAUUUGUGUCAGUGUUGGCCACUGACUGGGACUAAUCUCUGACUGCAACAUCAGAAUAGGGAGUCAGGCUCCAUGGGAAGGGCUUGUGAUGGACACUUCAGGAGAAUAUCAUGAGGUCCUUCCCCUCUGAUCUGCAUGUGUUUAUUUGUGUGUGUCUCAUUCUCCCCUCCACCUUCCCCUCAAUGUCCCUGUGAGCUUCCACACUGCAUGUCAGAGUUGGGUGGGGGCAGCAGGAUCACUGCAGCCAGGGAGAGGGCUUCAAGUAUGAAAUUAGGGUACCAGGGGCUCCCAUAGCCCAGAGAGAUGGUUUGGAUGUGUACAGAGGGGUGAGCAAGGAUCCAAUCUGGUACAUCUGAAGUCUGGACUGCAGGAGAGGGAAUGCAGUGGAUGUGAGCAGAGCUGAGCUGGCUUGCAGGGUGGCAGCAGUGUAAGUGCAGCAGCACAGACUUCAGUGGGAGCUGUACUGGCUUGAGAGAGUGCUGAAGAAUUCCUUGGGCAGAGAACCUGCACUGUAGCACAUGCCCUGACUCCAGCUGGUGUCUGAGCAAGUGAGAUUAAAGCUAGUUUACAUAUGAGGUACAGCGAUAUCUCUGAGGGAAGAACAGAGAUACCCUGAGGAUUAUCAUGUUAUAAAACUUUCCUGUUAUGACUUGUGCUGCUUCAUAAUGUGGUCCAAAAAUAGGGAAUCCACGUACCUGCCCUUGAUAUCUAUAUUAAGAUAUAAUUUUUGCACAUAUCUGAACAAGGAAUUUGUGAAUAAUAAUGUAGCAUUUUAACUUUCACAGGGGUAGAAUACCACAUAACUGCUGAUACUCUUCUGCUACAUCACUUUGUGAUAUGAAGAGGAAAAAAUGCAUAUAUAUAUAAUAAUAUAUAUCUCUAAAAUUCAAAAUACAGCCUUUUAAUGAUCAUGGAAAAUAAUGUUGUACAAAAAUAUGCAAGAUGAAUAAUGUGUACUUGAUUAUGUUUUUAUGUCUUGUAAGAGAUGCCUGAGAUAAGUCCUAAGUUCUUCUGAAUAUUUCUUUUCAUUCUAAUUAAUGUGAGGUUUUACUCAAUAAAACAAAGAUACUGUACCUCUGAAUGAUCAAUUAAAAAUAUCAGUCUGUUGUCUAACUAAAAAGUGUUCAAUAACUUUGCAGUCAAAAGAUUCAAAAGUUUUUUUUAAUGCUUUUCUCUCUUUUGAUGUUCUUUUUGCAGAACAGGGCAAAGUAAAUGUUUCCAAAUGAAGCUACUUUUAUUAUCUGCACAAAAAAAAAACAGUCUUAGAACUUUUUUUCAUUAGUUUUCACUAUAUUGGAUUCACACAUUAUACAAUUCUCAAUACUAAAACCAAUUCAAAACAAGGAAAAAUAUCUUUCCAUUGCUCCUUCAGCGGUCAGUACUUUGGGUGAAAUGUUUGGCUGAAGAUUACUUGUAUUUAUGUUUAAUAAUGUGAACGUCCACAGCACUGAACACGUUCAUUAGUGUCUAAUGCUGGGCACACUAAUGGUUUUUUUGCAAUACUCAUCUCCUGGUAGUGCAUAUUAAUUUGUUUAAUAUUUAUAAACAUCAGAAUUUGAAACUGAGUGAUUUAUUGCCUGCAGUGAUCAUAUAUUAGAAGUCUAGAUUUUAUAAGAUUUUGACAUGUUGACUUGAUGCCACAAGUGCCCUUGCUUUUAGAUAGAUAUUUUUUCCUGAGUUCCUAGUUAUUUCAGAACAGAAUGUCUGGUGGUUUAUGAGAUGUGAGUAAUUACCUUGCAUGGAUUAUCUGUGCCAACAUGAAUAAAACAGUCUAGUAAUAAAAGCAAUGUGCAAAACCAGUUAAAGCUUUAUGAUUUGGGUAUAUUUAUUAAUAUGCCAUGUGAGCAGCUGACAGCUUUCAGCCAUGUACUAUCAUUAAGAAAGCAUACCUAAGCUUGUACUCUCUACUUCAGACCUGAAAAUAAAAAUUAAAACUAUUGGUUUCAACUUUA